GUGGGAAAGCAGACUUUGAUUUUCCCACGCGGCGGCCUCCGGAGGGUCCGGCGGGGGUGCGGAGCGCCUUGCGGGUGCGCGGCCGGGCAGGGGCCGCCCUGGGCGGGAGGCGCAAGGAAAGGAAGCGAGGCUGGAGCCCCGGCUCGGAGGUGCCCAGUCAGCGGAGAGAACAAAAGGCAGGGGAGGCCCCUGAAUUUUGGGGUGGGGUUGCUGACUAGCACCCCAGUGCACCUCCUGCUUUGCAGGAAUGUUCACAUGCUGCGCUCAACGAUUUUGCAGUUUUGUGCAGCCAGGUAUGCAAAAGGCUCGUCCGCACGUUACGCUGAACACGGGUCCAGGCUGCGCACGUGAGCAAGCGUUUGUGUGAACGACCGUACCCGUGUCGGAUUGGCCCUCAUUGCGGUUGCAAGCACGGAUGAUGUGCUCGUUGAACGCAAUGGGAUGUUGCCUCUCCGUAGACGUGUUGCCCGACUCUGGAAACCUCUCGUGGUCCCUCAGCCUCCUGGUAGCAGAAAUGCUGGAGAGCUUCACAAAUCGACAAGUGUAACGUGUGAAUGCACUUCUCUUUGCUAAUCCAGGAAAAGGAGGCAGCAUAUUCCUGGGGAUAGCGUUUGAAUGCGGAUGCAAGGCUAGAGCCUGGGAGAGUACCUGUAAACCAGUUAUACUGUACUAGAUAUACUAGAUAUAGUAAUUAUGUUAGAUAUAAGAGCUGUUCAACAGUGGAACAGUCUCCCUUGGGAGGUUCUGGACUCUCUUUCCUUGAUGGUUUGUAAGCAGAGGUUGGAUGGCCGUCUGCCAUGGAUGCUUCAGCUGAGAUCCCUGCAUUGCAGGGGGUUGGACUAGAUGACCAUGGGGGUCCCUUCCAACUCUACGAUUCUAUGGUUGUAUGAUUAGGAAAAUCUAGAAGCAGCCAAGCCUGAUUUAAUUAGCAGCUAUGUUAAAGAAAAACAAAACCGCAAAGAAUUUUACAAAUGGAGUGUCUUAACCUGCUCUGUAAAAAGAAAAUCAGGAAUAGCUGGAGUUAGAGAGGAUCAUUCGCUUUUUUAAUGUGUGGAAGCAGCUGCGUAUGGAGAGUGUUGAAAAGUAUAGCUCUGUGGGUGUGAGCCAUUUUUGAAUAUAUAUAUAGUCAAAAGGUACAGUAAAGAUAUUUAUUUUUGUAUAUCUGUUAUGUUUUUUAUGGUCAGUAAAGUAUUUUUUUCUAUUAAAAACCCUGUUAAAAUCUGAAAACCGCAAUUAAACACACAAAUUGUUAGGGAUGGGGCACUGCUAGAGCUGCUGUGUUUGACAUUGUACAUAGCUGUGAAUGAGAGAAAAAGUUUUUAUCUGUGCCCCUUACGCAGAGGAAGAGCUCCUGCUUCCCCUCUCCACACUAACCCAUAUAUUGUGUCCCUCUGAAUUUUGGUGUUUUACCUGUCUGUUUUUGCAGAAGAAGAAACCCGAGUAGCUAGCUGCAAUUCCCUUUUUCUGGAAAUACCUUCCCACCGGGUGGACAUCCUGGUUACUCUCAGAAGGACCUUGCUGACCUUUGCUGGACUUGAACCCUCAUUUGAAAAUUCAUACAGAGAGAAAGUGACAACAGAGCAAAGAAGAUCCUUCUGUUCUCGCUGGGUGCUGUGCUAGAUUGCGAAUGGAAGAACAGGACUUUGCCAGCCCUGAUCCGGAAUUAAGCUGCCUUGCCACCCAGUCUGGGACCAGAGGGGAAUUCUGGGAAAGGAGCCUGCAGAAGAUGCCGGACCAGAAAGCCCUUUCUUUGGAUGUACGUUGCUGGAGAUUCAGGCAUUUCUGCUACCAAGAGGCUGAGGGACCAAGAGAGGUUUGCUGCCGACUCCGCCACCUUUGCCAUCAGUGGCUGAAGCCGGAGAGGCACAACAAGACCCAGAUCUUGGACCUGGUGAUCCUGGAGCAGUUCCUGGCUGUUCUGCCCCCGGAGAUGGAGAACUGGGUCAGAGAUUGUGGGCCGGAGACCAGUGCUGAGGCAGUGGCCCUGGCAGAAGGUUUUCUCCAGGGCCAGGCAGAGGACGACAGGCAGGGAGAGGUAAGAGGGUAUCAUCCUGGAGGUUCCUAAGGGUUGAGUCAUUCCUAAAGCAAGUGGUGGGGACUUAGCUAGGACCAACAGGCCUCCCCAUUAAGCCUGCUGCAGCCUCGGCCCAGUAUACCUGAAGGAGCGUUUCCACCCCCAUCGUUUAGCCCGGACACUGAGGUCCAGCUCCCAGGGCCUUCUGGCGGUUCCCUCCCUGUGAGAAGUGAAGCUACAGGGAACCAGGCAGAGGGCCUUCGUGGUGGUGGCGCCUACCCUGUGGAAUGCCCUCCCUGUGUGGGAGCCAGUGUGGUGUAGUGGUUAAGAGCGGUAGACUCGUGAUCUGGUGAACCGGGUUGGCUUCCCCGCUCCUCCACAUGCAGCUGCUGGGCGACCUUGGGCCAGUCACACUUCUCUGAAGUCUCUCAGCCCCAGUCACCUCACAGAGUGUUUGUUGUGGGGGAGGAAGGGAAAGGAGAAUGUUAGCCGCUUUGAGACUCCUUCGGGUAGUGAUAAAGCGGGAUAUCAAAUCCAAACUCUUCUUCUUCUUCCCAUCAGAUUUCAAGGAAAUAAACAACGAUCUGGUUUUUAGAAGACAUCUGAAGGCAGCCCUGUUUAGGGAAGUUUUUAAUGUUUGAUGUUCUGUUGUGCUUUUAAUUCUGUUGGGAGCUGUCCAGAGUGGCUGGGGAAAUCCAGCCAGAUGGGCAGGGUAUAAAUAAUAAGUUGUUGUUGUUGUUGUUGUUGUUGUUUUGGCCAAACGGCACCCACCUGCUCAACAUCUGAUGCAGGUAAGAGGCAGGUGGACCAAAGAGACCAGCACACACCCUCGCAGUCAGCUGGUGGAUGGCACAGACAGAGAUGGGUCAUGUGACGUCAGGUGAUUGACAAGUGGGUGGCUCCGCCCACCUGCCAAACGCAGUGCUGGAUCCAGACCCCCCACUCCUGUCCCCUUGCUGCAUCCCUUCCAGACGCAAGUCCGUCCUCUUUUAAGGGAAGUCACCCGCACAAGAUUUUCCCAGCCUCCUUGGGGGAGAAUGUGUUGGCAGUGGCAUCUGGGGGGAGGUUUUCUUGCAGUCUAGGGCCGGUGUUGCAUUCCAGCUCCCAUCAGCCCCUGCUGUCAUGACAAAUAAGGAGGCAGAGGGGGAACUGGCAUCCAGAACCUCUGGAGGGCAAACCAAGCUCUGGAAAGCUGGAUUCUUAUUAUUAUCAUUAAUAUUAUUUAAUUAAAUUUGUACACCAUCCUUUAUCUGAAGAGCACAGGGUGGCUCACAACAUAAAAAUACAAAAUGAAAGCAUUAAAUACAUAAUAAAACAAAAGCAAGGGGAGUUACAUGUGUAAGAGGCUCAUUUAGAAUUAUAUUUUGAGAAUGAUUCCUGUUCUUAUGUAGCUGCAUUUUUCUAUACUUUCCGAAUGUCCCAUCGUCAUAAAGUAUUUGUGCUCCGUGUUGUAAAAGAAGCACUGCUAGGAGCUGUUUCUCUUUGCUUUCCUGUGUAUUUCCUAUCAAUAAGACAAUCGGUGUGGUGCAAGCAAAUUUUUAUUCUGAACGUGUGGCCUGGAGAAAAAAAAGUUUGAGAACCAAUAAUGGAAAAUGAAUGUCAAACGUUGGGGGUGAUCACUUCCAUCUUUUGGUGAAAGAUGUUUCUGCUCCUUAAAAAGAUGCCCAUCACUUUCCCAAGAUACUCUCUCAGUAUCCUUAAAUGCUGUGGAAAUCACAGCUGGAGAGGCUGUUGUGCUUGGACCCUGCUUUGGACUUAUCAGGAAUAAUAAUAAUAAUAAUAAUAAUAAUUUUGUUAUUUAUACCCUGCCCAUCUGGCUGGGUUUCCCCAGACACUCUGGGCGGCUUCCAACAGGAUAUUAAAAACACAGUAAAAGGUCAAACAUCAAAAAGUUCCUUAUACAUUGGGUUGGCCACUGUGAGAGGCUUGGGCCUGAUCUGGCAGUCAGACUUUUCUUACAUUCUUGCCUGCUGGCAUUUCAGGUGUCGGGGCGGCUCCUGGAGGCAGCCAUGACUUUCCCCAGGAAAGAGGUGCCUUCGUUCCAAAAUUCCCAGCGGCAGCUCGAUGGGGAGUUUUAUCCAGAGAAGAAAGAGGAAACCAGUCUGAUGGGUAAGGUUUUUCCUGAACUCUUUGGGUUUGUAUUUUGCUGAGCUUUUAUCUUUUAUCGUCAACUGGCUGCUACACAUAGGAAGCUGCCUUGUAUCUUUUGCAUGCAAAGCAGACUCUCUACCCCUGAGCUUCCUUUAAAGGUUCUAGCCCUCAUUGUUCUAUGUGACAAAAUGCUCAAAUAAGAGCCUAGGAAGCUUACCAGGUGGUCCAUUUUUCUCAGUACUGAAAAAAGUGGCAGUAUCUCUCCAAGGUUUCAGGCGUGGGUCUGCCUCAAGUCUACCUAGAGAUGAUUUACAAGGUGAAUUACAAGAUCUAAUCCGUCUGCAAGAGAUCCCCUUCUGAACAGCGUCCGCCACUGAUAAAUUGGUGUAAAUAAAAUAAAUAAAAGUGGUAGCAACUUCCUGUUUUGAGCUAGCCUCUCCCAGUCUCUACUGAAUCUCAGUUCUGUCAAAUUUGCUAAUUGAUUCCAGCUUAAUGGCUUUGAGAACUUUUUUUGGGGGGGGCGGUUUGCAGCAUGACUUUAAGUGUGUGUGCGUGUGUAUAAUUUUUUAUCUGUUUUACAAUUUAAAAUACUUAUUUAAACAUCCUUAUAAUAUCAAUGACUUCCCUUCUUCUCUUUCCAUGGUUCAUUUUGCAUAUCAUAAAUCCCUGCAUAUUUUACAAAAACUAAACCAUUCACUAUUCCAUUAUUGCAUCCAUCAAAACUUAUUUACACUGUCGAAUUUAUCUUAAUGUUGCCGAUGUUUUCAGGUGUACACAAUCCCCCCCCCAUAUAUUCAAUAUAUAAGAACGUAUGUUCUUCUUGUUCUCUUAUUCUAUAUAUUAAGUCUGCAAGCUGCGCAUAUUCCAUCAGCUUAAGUUGCCAUUCAGCUUUAGUUGGGACCUUGCUCAUUUUCCAUUUUUGGGCAAACAAAACAUGGACCACAGUAGUAGCAGACAUAAAUAACGUUUUUUGAUACCUGGGAAUUUCAGUCUGAAUUAUCCCCAACAAAAAGGAGUCUGUGUGGUUGGGUUUUUUUUGAAAAGUACUUUAAACUUUUUUUUUCAAUUCAUUGUGGAUUAUUUCCCAAUACUCUUUUAUCUUUUACAAGCCCACCACAUAUAAAAGAACAUUCCCUCAACCUUUUUGCAUCUCCAGCACUUAUCUGAUAAAGUCUUCUACAUCUUGGCAAGCCUACUUAAGAGUUAAAUACCAUCUGUAAAUCAUUUUCAAGUAGUUCUCCUUCAAAGAAUAACAUAAUUUUAUUAUUAUAUGCUGCCCAUCUGACUGGGUUGCCCCGGACUGGUUGGCUUCCAGCAAAAUAUAAAAACACAGAAAUCCUCAACCUUUAAAAACUUCCCUGUACAGGGCGGCCUUCUGAUGUCUUCUAAAAGUCAAAUACUUGUUUGACAUCUGAUAGGAGGGUGCUUCACAGGGAGAAUGCCCCGUGGAAUGUCCUCCAGUCAGAUAUCAAGGAAAUGAACAACUAUCUGAAAGCAGCCCUGUAUAGGAAAGUUUUUAAUCUUUGAUUUGAGAAAUUAUAAAAUCUGCUGGGGUUUUAUAAUUUCACGGAAGCUGCCCAGUGUGGCUGGGGAAACCCAGUCAGAUGGGCAGCAUUGAAAUAAUUUUUUACUACUAUUACUACUGGGAUGCGGGUGGCGCUGUGGGUUAAACCACAGAGCCUAGGACUUGCCGAUCAGAAGGUCGGCGGUUCGAAUCCCCGUGACGGAGUGAGCUCCUGUUGCUCGGUCCCUGCUCCUGCCAACCUAGCAGUUCGAAAGCACGUCAAAGUGCAAGUAGAUAAAUAGGUACUGCUCCGUUGGGAAGGUACACAGCGUUUCCGUGCGCUGCUCUGGUUCGCCAGAAGCGGCUUAGUCAUGCUGGCCACGUGACCCGGAAGCUGUACGCCGGCUCCCGCAGCCAAUAAAGCGAGAUGAGCGCCGCGACCUCAGAGUCAGUCACGACUGGACCUAAUGGUCAGGGGUCCCUUUACCCUUUACCUUACCACUAUUACUACUACUACUAUUACUGUGGAGUCCCUCUGCCUGGUUCCCUGUAGCUUCCCUUCUCACAAUGAGGGAACCGCCAGAAGACCCUCGGAGCUGGAGCUUAGUGUCCACGUUGAAUGACGGGGAUGGAGACGCCCAUUCAGGUAUACUGGGCCGAGACCAUUUAAAGGUCAGCACCAACACUUUGAAUUGUGCUUGGAAACAUACUGGGAGCCAAUGUUAAUCACCUUGAGAACAGGAUGCCAGACUAGAUGGGCCUUUGGCCUGAUCUCAGAUUAUUCUUAUGUCCUUCUGUUUGGAGAAAGAGCCAUUACAGUGGUACCUCGGGUUAAGAACUUGAUUCGUUCCGGAGGUCUGUUCUUAACCUGAAACUGUUCUUAACCUGAAGCACCACUUUAGCUAAUGGGGCCUCCCGCUGCCGCCACAUGAUUUCUGUUCUCAUCCUGAGGUAAAGUUCUUAACCCGAGGUACUACUUCCGGGUUAGCGGAGUCUGUAACCUGAAGUGUUUGUAACCUGAAGUGUCUGUAACCCGAGGUACCACUGUAGUUAGAUUUGAACCAAUUUUCAGACAUUCACUGCAGCAGUGCAUUUUCGUUCCUUGACCUGAAGGUUCCAUCACUCACUUAAAUUCACUUUUCCUUCCCUUAUUUAUCACAGGUAACAAUAGGCAGGAGAGCGAGGAUGAGGCGGAACCUUGGGAAGUAUCAGCAAAAAGAGACGAGCGUCUGGAGAUGCCCAAGAAAGCUGGAGCUCAGAAUUGCCCGGCGACAGAGAAGGGAAACACAGUGGAGAAUUGGUGGGGUGAUCAUGAUGGGGAUUCUUCUCUGAUCCCAGUUCAAAAUGAGAAAAACAUUGGGAAGAGAGAGUAUAAGUGCCCUAAAUGUGAGAGCACCUUCAGUAGUGAAUUAAACCUGGAGGGACACCGGCGAACUCACACGGGGGAGAAGCCAUAUACGUGUCUGGAGUGCGGAAAGAGCUUCAACUGGAGCACGAAUCUGAUUAGACAUCAGAUAAUACACAGAGGGGAGAAACCUUACAAAUGCACAGAGUGUCGGAAGAGCUUCAACUGGAGCACGCACCUUAUAAGACAUCAGAGAAUCCACACCGGGGAGAAGCCGUACAUAUGCCUGGAGUGCGGGAAGAGCUUCAGUUCGAGCACGAGCCUCGCGUACCACCAGAAAACCCACACAGGGGAGAAGCCGUACAAAUGCUCAGACUGCACUAUGAGCUUCUGCGUCAAAUCCAGCCUUAUGAGACAUCAGAGAAUCCACACGGGGGAGAAGCCGUACAGUUGCUUCGACUGCGGGAUGAACUUCACGGCCAAGUCGGACCUCACUCUGCACCAGAGAGUCCACACGGGGGAGAAGCCGUACAGAUGCUCCGAGUGCGGGAAGAAAUUUGGCCGGAGGAUAAACCUCACUUCCCAUCAGAGAACUCACACGGGGGAGAGACCGUACAAAUGCUCAGAUUGCGGGAAAAGCUUUCGCAACACGUCACACCUCCUUCGGCACAGGCGGAUCCACACGGGAGAGAAGCCUUAUAAGUGCCUGGCAUGCGGGAAGCAGUUUGGUCGGUGCGAGCAACUCGCUUCCCAUCAAAAAAUUCACAUUGGGGAGAAUCCCUGAAAGUGCAUGGAAAGUGUUUCAGUCAAUAUGCUGCCCUCACUUCACAUCAGAGAAGUGCGCUCACAUAAAACAGUAUAAAUGGACUCCCCGAGGAGGAGCUGUGUGGGGCUUAAUUCUUUGAGUAUUAUUAUUAUUAUUUAUUGAACUUAUAUACCGCCCUAUACCCGGAGGUCUUAGGAUGGUUCACAUAAAAGAUCACAAUAUAUAAAAUCAAAGUAAAACCAAUAACCCAAUAACACACACACACCGCAAAAAAGACCCGCAUUUUAAAAGGGUACAGGAUUACAGGAUGUCGAUCAGGUCAGCCAAAGGCCUGGUUAAAAAGGAACGUUUUUGCCUGGCACCUAAAGGUGUAUAAUGAAGGCGCCAGGUGAAUUUUCCUGGGAAGAGCAUUCCACAGACAGGGUGCCACUGCAGAGAAGGCCCUGUUUUUGUGUUGCCACCCUCUGGACCUCUCAAGGUGGUGGCACACGAAGGAAGGCCUCAGAAGAUGAUCUCAGGGUCCGGUUAGGUUCAUAGGGAAAGAGGCGGCCCUUGAGGUAUUGCGGUCCUGAGCCGUUUAAGGCUUUAUAGGUCAAAACCAGCACUUUGAAUUGGGUCCGGAAACUAAUUGAUAGCCAGUGCAGUCAGACCAGGAUCAAUGUAAUAUGCUCAAAGUGUCUUGCUCCAGUGAGCAACCUGGCCACUGAAUUCUGCACGAGCUGAAGUUUUCAGAGGCAGCCCUACGUAUAAGGCAUUGCAGUAAUCUAACCCUGAGGUUGCCAGAGCAGAGACAACAGUAGUUAGGCUAUCCCUGUCCAGAUAGGGGCGUAGCUGGGCACCAGCCAAAGCUGAUGGAAGGCACUCCAGGCCAUCUCGUCUAGGGAACCACACACCAACAGAGCCUCAGUCUUAACUGGAUUGAAUAGGUGUGGUUAGGAUUGUGAAGCAACCUGCGAGAAGAGUCGGUGGAAGAAGAUUGGAAGAAAUUUAAAGACUAUUUACAGAAAUAUUGCAAAAUUAAUGAAUGUUAGAAGGAUGUUGGAUUGAAGUUAAGUGGUUUCUUGCUGUAUAAGUACAAAAGAAUAUGGAAAAAUUGGUUUUUAAUUUGCAAAAAUCUAAUGUUACAAUAUAUCAAGAUUAAGGAUUAGGAUUAAAAAGGAGGGAAAGGAAUUGUUGGAUUAACAAAUUGAAUUGGAAUACAAAAGAGGGAGGUAUGAGGAGGUCCGGGAAACAAGUAAACGUAAAAGAAGUGAGGAAAAUAUGGAAUUGUUUUUAACUGUUUUUUCUUUUUUUUCUACUUUGUAUUUUUCCUUUUUAUUGUUAAUUUUUUAUUAAUGUGACUUUUUUUUUCUUUGAAACUUUAAUAAAUAUUAUAUUUUUUAAAAAAAAGAUAUUGUGAAGCAACCUGCGGGGCCGUCAGAGUCUUAGCAAAACGGACCGGCUGUCCCUUGAUGGGACCAGCCUUUGGAAUGUGACCCCCUUUGGAUUUUUUUUGGAGGAAGGACAAGACACGAGGUGGGCGUUUUUGCAAAAUCACCAGGGGCUGAAAGCACUUAGCUGGAGUUGGUCAAAACAGCGUAGGAUUUGGGAAUCUGACACAGGAUUUGUGGCUCUUCUCCCUGUUUUCAGAAACCGCCUUCUUUCCAGUAUGGUCUCUUUGUAUUUUUGUAAAUAAACAAUGUCUAGAGCAGGGGUCAGCAAACUUUUUCAGUAGGGGGCCUGUCCCCUGUCCCUCAAACCUUGUGGGGGCCAGACUAUAUUUUGAAAAAAUAAAUAAUGAACGAAUUCCUAUGCCCCACAGAUAACCCAGAGGUGUAUUUUAAAUAAAAGCACACAUUCUGCUCUCGUAAAAACACCAGGCAGACCCCACAAAUAACCCGGAGAUGCAUUUUAAAUAAAAGGACACAUUCUACUCAUGUAAAAACACGCUCGUAACCCACAGCAUGCGUAACCAGAAGGGUUCGUAACCAGAGGUACCACUGUACUGGACUAAAUCUAGCAGCCAGGCUAAAUUUUUGCCCUUCUCCCACAAACUGUGAUUCUUCUUUUAGAUAAUAGUUACUGGUUUCGUUCAUGAUGAACUGCUUUUUAUUUUAUUUUACGGUGUUUCCACUUCUUUUCUCACAUUGCACUGUGAUUUGUUAAUUUCUUUGAUGUAGAUAAAUGUGGUAACUUCUCAAUGCAUAAAUAAAAAUCUCCAAAAGU